AGCAGACGACACGGCUUAACAAGCUAGACCUAUCUACCUGGUAGUCUUUGUUUAAUGUAUCUGUUAGCUAGACCUAGUUUAUGAUAGCUGAAAUCUCAGUCAGUAUGACUGCUGCUAAUUAUUCGACCGAGAUCUACACAAAUCAAUGGGAUAGCCCACAGUCUUCAUCAACACCUGACAUCGACCAUGACGGUGAACGCGUCAUAUAUAGCCAAUGGCGAUUUAUUCGAGCGUGGAAGAGGAUCUGGAGCAGGUUGAAGGAAGAUAGACUAUUUAAAGCAAAAGUGUACUAUAGUGCGUGUAUAUAUUUUGCAUUUUUCGUCAUCGGGUGGAUAAAAGGCCAGUUCGGCCCUUCAUUUCCUGAUCUUCGCCUCAUCUGUGACGUAGACAUAGAAAAGGGCUCUUGGAUAGUGACAACGUUCUAUAUCGGGUACACAUUCGGAUCCAUUCUAGAAGGCUUCCUCUACAAUAAAGUCAACCGAAAGUUACUCUUCUGGGCAUGCCUAUCAAUUUUAGCUGUCAUGGUCGCUGUUAUUCCUUGGUGCUUCAGGUUUGAAGCGAUGGUAGCCGCUCACUUUGUACAAGGAGCUAUGGAAGGUGUCCUAGAUCCAGGGGGGAAUGCGGAGAUUUUGAAGAUAUGGGGAACGAAAGGGGGAAGGACAGCCAUAUUGGGAAUGAACUUCGCUUUGUCAGUUGGAAGCGUAAUAUCACCUUUAGCCACAGGACCAUUUCUAACCGAAAUCAGCGAAAAUCAUACCUUAACAAAUGUUGCAACGAAUACCAGUAAUUUUAUCAAUCACCAGCGACUCCAACCUACGCAUUUAUCGUACCUUAUCAACACGUCUGUUCCAGAAAAUACAUCUUUAUCUUUUAAUUUGGAAGGAAAUAGUUCGUAUCUAGUUCUGGAAGAUGAUUCUCAAGAAUCUAGGCUAUACAUAGCGUUUUCUAUAACUGCGGUAUUAUCGUUUUUAAGCGUCGCUUUCCUUUCUAACUUUAAAUAUAUUUUUAGCAGAAACUAUGAGCGAAAAAAGUGAAAUCAAACCGUUAGAAACUUCUAGCAAGAAAUUAAUACGACCUUUACCUCAACGUAUUAAAAUAAUCUCAUUAGCAAUCAUAGGAGCAAGUCUGUUUACAUUCAACGCCAUCGACGAGGCGUUUAUAGCUUAUUUAUCAACUUUUUGCGUCACGUUUUUUCAUUGGACAAGUAGAAGCGGGGCGUUAGUGACGUCACUUUUAUUCAUAUCUAACCUAUCGACUAGGUUGGUUUACCUGGUGGUGUCAAAAUGGUUGAACAGCUUGGUAUGUGUCGGCAUUCACAGUGGUGCUAUGCUUCUUUCGUUGUUGGGAUUUCUUUUCAUUUCUCUAUACAUGUAUGAAACUGGAGUAUGGAUAUUCGUACCUUUAUUCGGAUAUGGUAAAGCGGUAUUAUUCGCACUACUGUUUAGUUGGACGAAUGAAUAUCUUACACCGGUGACAGGGGAA